AGCCGCAGAGGAGUUCCCUGUCAUCAUUCUUUAAUUGAGAUUUAUUGAGUAAUUAAACCCAGCCAUACAUACAUACAUAUAUUCGAAGAAUUAAAGGUCUCAGAAACAUGGAAGUUUCUGUGGUAUUAAUUUUACUGGUUUUUGGCAGCCACGCGGUCACUGGAGCCCCCAAAGAAAUGGAAACGACUCACGUCCACUCGGCGUCAGGAAGACUGCAACUUCCAGAGGUUUUCGAUGGAAUCAAUUUCUGGAAACAUAUCUGCCACCGUGCGUCCCAAUAAGUUUGCAUCCACCUUGAUCCAUAUAAUUUUCGAACUGUUUUCCACCCUUGGAAAUUCGAGUCGAGCCCUUAUUCCUGCAAGGCUGGAAAGACCAAAAGAUUUUCUAAGACAUUCAGGGCAAGUGCAACAUAACAUAGAUGACCCACGACCCUUUGUGUCCAACCAAGAAAGUCUUUCCUUGCCCCAUACCCGUGAAAAAAUGUCACCCUACCCCGAAAGCAAUGCCACCCCAUCGCUUCGUCUUGAGCCAGAAUAUAUACCAGGAUGGGAGGCAGAUAUCGAUGACUUGGUUAAGAGAAUGAUCGCUGCACAAUUUCAAGUCGCCGUUGGAGAAGUUAGCAAGAGCACGGCCCUGGCCGACGACUUGGGCGCAAAUGGUAUCGAGCUCCGCUAUAUUGCACAGACGAUUUGGGACAAGUUCGCUUGCAAGGUAACAAACGAAGAAGCCGAAAACUUCAAAUUGGUUCUUGAUGUGAUCAAUUUUGUGAAUUUGAAUUGUUUCAAAUUUUAAAUGUAAUGGGUUAAAUUAACCUAGAAAUUGUAGUGUUGUUAUGCAUAUUUGGUUUGCGGGGCUGUCAAAAUUAUGAAUUUUUAAUAAAUAUUGGUUGAAUUAUUUAAGGUGAAUAACAGUAAAUAAAUAAAUUGGAUUGUAUGUAUGCACCUGUCCACUAAU